CGUAACGUGGCAAUUGGAACGGCAAUAGCAAUUUGGUUCACAAAAACCCUAAACGGUGGAGAACGUGGGGUUUACUCGGUAAUCAGAUCCGGCCCAAACCCUUUGACUUGUCUUCUCUCUUUCACUCUGUUGUUCUUCUCGCAAUGGAGGUUCAGAUUCCAAUCCACACCGUUUUUGACGUACCCUCUCUUCUCCAAGCUGUGGCCGCCGACACUGUUCUCGCCGCUGCGCAAUCUAUCGCUUUGAUUGGAUAUCUGCUGACUAAUGGCACUAAUUCAGUGUCACCAAAAUUGACAGCAGCGAAUGGAAGGUUUCCUUUAGAAGACCUUUUUGGGAGGAAACAUGCUUAUCUAGAAAACAAGAAUAGUGAAACAGAGGACGACGACGAGGAUGGAGAUGGGGAUGAUGAAGACGGACAUGAUCAGGAUGAUGAUGGAGAGGACGAAGAAUUCUCAGGUGAAGAAGGCGAUGAAGAAGGGGAUCCUGAAGAUGAUCCUGAGGCUAAUGGUGGAGGAAGUGAUGAUGAUGACGACGACGACAACGACAACGAAGAAGAUGACGACGACGGGGAAGAUGAGGAGGAGGAGGAGGAUGAGGAGGAGGACGAGGAGGAGACUUCACAGCCACCUACUAAGAAGAGAAAGUGAGAAUAUUCGUAGGAGAUUGUUUCCAGGCAUUUGAGUCGAGCUUAGUUAUUAGGACAGAUAAAAUAGCAACCUCUUUCAGUAGACCUAUCUUGCUUUAUUUAUAUGUCAACGAUGAUAAUUAUUAUAUUAUUUCUCAUUGUUUCUACGACGUUACCUUCUUUCAGCCAGUUAUUAUCGUGUCACUUAAAAAAGUCUUAAUUGCAAUUCUAUUUUUAGAGUUUGGAUAA